AUGGACCUAUGUAAGACCAUCAAAGGUGUUUCCUUCCUCCUGCAAACAGGAAUUGGCAUCUUAGGGAACUUAGUGGUGCUGGUGGCCUAUGCCAACAUCCUCUACACCGAACAAAAAAUUCUUCCAGUAGACAUGAUCCUGUGCCACCUGGCCUUUUCCAACCUGAUGAUCCUGCUGAUCCGUUGCGUGCCCCAGACCAUGACAGUGUUCGGGCUCACCAACCUGCUGAACGACACCGGCUGCAAGUUGGUGAUUUACGGCUACCGCGUCGGCCGGGCGUUGUCGAUCUGCCUCACCUGCAUGCUCAGUGUGUUCCAGGCGGUAACCAUUGCUCCCUCCAGUCCUCGCCUGUCCAGGAUGAAGUCCUCCCUUCCUUUUCUGGUCCUUCCCACCUUCGUCGGACUCUGGUUCCUCAACAUGGUCAUAUAUAUUUCAGCUCUUCUAUUUUCCACAGCUCCACAUAGUAAUAGCACACUGCCCGCCUUCACACUUAACCUGGGCUUCUGCCUUAUGGACUUUAGAGACAGCAUGCUCUACAUCAUCCAAGGGGUGAUCGUCUCUGGAAGAGAUUUUUCCGUCGUGGCCCUGAUGUUGGUCUCCAGUGGUUACAUUCUACAGCUUCUCCACCGUCACAGCCACCAGGUGCGAGGUGUCCGUCGCUCCCAUUCGGCAGAGACCAGAGCAGCCAAAACGGUUGUCACCCUGGUUGUCCUGUAUGUCUUCUUCUUCGGCAUCGAUAAUGUGAUAUGGAUUUACAUGCUGACCGAGGCCAAGGUAUCCCCGGUGGUGGCGGACAUGAGGGUGUUUUGUUCAUCCUGCUAUGCAUUCCUCAGUCCUUACUUCAUCAUGUCCUCCAACAAGAAGGUGAAAGCCAGAAUUGUGUGUGUGGCCGAGCAGGAUCACCCAGCUUCAACAGACACUCAGGACUCGAAAUGA